GUUUACACAAUUUUCGAUGACGUAGUCCGGUAUCUAAUUAAAAACAUGGCACUGCCCAUCGCAUUAUUUUCAUCGUCUUCUGGUGAUUUCAGGCCACAAGAUUUUGUAAAAAGUAUAUUUCAAGAUGAUUAUUACAUGUAUUUGCAACUAUUUUUUUUCCAUCUAUUUGUUAAAAAAUUCUAUAUGUUUAACAUAGUAUUGCAAAGAAAUAGUAGAAAGAAAAAAAAAAGUUAACUUAUUAACUGGAUUUUGCCUUUCUGCCUUUCUUCUCAUUCUACUUCCAACUUUGUCACUAGUCACUCGUGUCAAAGAAUUCUUUUCACUCAUGUUUUUUUUUGAGUUAUUUGCAUUAUCACUUGUGUAGCAAUUGAAUUUCAUAUAAACUCAUACUUAUUUAACAAAGUAAUUCACUUAUGCCCAAAGCAAUUCUUUGAAAUAAAAUAGAUUUUAUUCUAGUGAAAGUUAAGGAAGUCAAGUGAUCCAUUCAUAAUUUAUUAAUUUAAUUUUAACUUUCCCUAUGCAGAAUUAAAUAAUGAACCUUCAAACAGUGGAAUACUUGUAUAAUGUGCUCCACUAUUAUGUUAAUUUAGAUAGAAUUCAGUUGUGGCAUGGCUCCAAAAAUUAUGUGUAUACUAUACUGUCUUUUACAUUUCCAAGCGCAUCAAAGUAUGUGAGGAAAAAAAAGUGUCUAAUUUAAUUAAUAAUUAAUUUAUAAAUAAUUUACCCUUUUUUUUCACGUUACAUUAAAUUAGGUACUUUGGUAGAUUAAGGGAGACAAGUAUAACAUUUGUAUGGGCAUGGGAAAUGGACACCAUGCAGGAGUUUAAAAUUUUUUUAUGUCAGUGCUUUUGCAUUAAUGAAAGGACUAUUUGUCAUAAAAUUGCAGUAUUCUUUAACAUGUUCACAAUAGGGGACAUCUUGACCUACACUCCAACAUACUGUUUUGCCUUUUCAGGUCGACCUAAAUUUUUUAAAUUCAUAGAUAUAUAUAUUAUUUUUUGAAGAUCAUGUCUUUGAUAUUAAAUUCUGAUGAGCAUUAUAUAUUGAUGUAUACGAGUGCUAGUUCUCAUCGACCUAGGUCAUGUCCAACAUUUGUUAUGCUUGUCCCAGUAACAUGCAUUAUAAGGUCGCUCAGCUCAAUAUCGACCCUGCUUCCUUUUUAAUGUCGAAAGAUGCAGAUAUUUAGGAAAUAUUUUAAUUUGAUAACUUGUGUUUUAGAAUAAACUAAGAAAUAAUUUAAGCAAGAAUAUUUUAAUUUGAGGUUUAAAAACCGGUAGAGUGCAUUUAAUAAAUUAUCAUAAUUUGCUGUAUGCAAAACAUUGUAUUAGUAUUGGUAUUGGGCAACCAUUCACAGCCACUUACAUAAUGGCUAUGUCUUAGAGUUUCAUUCAUAAGAGUUUGCCAUAUGCAAAAACUAUUAAACCAUUGAUCAAGGAAAGCUUUAAUUAUAGUAAUGUGCCAAAGUUUAAAAUUCAAAAUAAAUAGUCCUAAAACAGUAUUUUAUUUUAGUAUUUAGGGGAUGUGUUGCCUUAUUUAUAUAGACUAUAUUGCAUAUACCGGUAUAAUGGAUCCCGUAGACUUUGUUAAAAGAAAAGACACAUAUCAUAUGUUAUAUUCCAUUUACCGAUAUACAUAGUGCAUAGUUAAAUAAGUUACAAUUUAUUAUUUUUUUUACCCCAGUACCUACAUUGUCCUACAUUAAUAGUAUACUAAUAUGACACAAUCACAAAUCCACUUAAAAUAGUCCAUCUUCAAUACCACAUAGCUCACUAAUCACAAGAUAGCUUAUCUGUUAUAUUACAAACAUUUUAUUUAAUGAAAUAACCUAUUUUCCUACUUAAAGAAAAAUUAUGAACAUUUUACACCAGCACAUUGAAUAUUGUCAAAUUCUGUUAUUAACACAAUCUAAUUUUAUAGACCCAAAUUAUCACAUUACAGCCUAGAUAUCACUGAACAAGUAACUAGGUUCAGUAAAUUUAAAAGUAAACAAUUUUAUAAUACACCAUAUUUGGUAACCAAUUUGGCUGUUUUGCUCAUUGUUGUUGCUACCAUUAUUUAUAAUUUUUAUAAUAAUCCUACCCAUCAUGCCUACAGUUAUAGGGUCUAGUUAGCAUAUGCUGUUCUAUAAAUUUUCAAAUUAAAACUAGGCCUAGUGUUACGCCCCCCAUAUCGUUCAAUGAAUUUGAACAAGCUCGUGGUCUAGGAGAGUUGGGAAAGGGGCUAACACAAGUAGAUUUUAGACAAACUACUGGCUAAAAUGAAGACAAUCUGUGCUCUAUAUAAAUGUACUUUAUUACCUGGAAUAUAAUAUGAACAAAAAUACAUAAAAUCUACAUAUUAAGAAAUGAAUAAAGGUCUAACCCUAACAAUAUCUAAAUCUCACAGUACUUAUACCAAAUCAUUUUGUGUGGCUUAAAUGUAGGCCAAACGUUCGCUGCAGAUGCUGAUCUGGCACCUUAUUAUUCUAAAGACUUGUCCUCCUUACUGAAAGGUGGUAAGCUGACAAGGCUAGGUCAGUGGGAUAUAUAAACGAAAUGGACAUACCAUGCACCGCUAGUAACACUAGUCCCAGCUCUACAAAUACUUAGUUGGUGAUUUUUCUAUUUUAGUUUCAGUUUGCAUUAAUAUUAUGUUUCAAUGCAAGCUGUUACCAGAAACUAUAGUCCCUCUGAAGUCCUGCCUUACUAAAUUCAUAAAGUACCAGUAUUUUUUAAGGCAAUGUGUUCGUAUCUUUUAAAACAUUCAAAAAUUAUGAUAAUUCUCUUAAAAUAUAUUAAAUUUUUGUAAUGAAACUUAAUAAUUCCAUAUGCACAAUAGUGUUUUUCAUCAUUUGAGGGGAGCAAUCACAUGUUUAUUGGCACCAUACUUACGAAUUUUUAUUAAUUACAGCCAUACUGCAGGUUUCUGAACUACCAAAGCCUAAAACUAUUAGUGAAGACAUAAAAAGCUAUGACUGGCAUUUUGAAACAAAAUAUUACAGUACAACAGUUGAGCUCUGCACCACUGAGAAUAGAACUAUUGGCAACCAGGAAUUUGCAGAAUCGGUUGAAGCCUUCAUUCAUUACUUUGAUCCCAACUUGGUGUGUGAAUUAUUCCAUAGUUGAAUUAAGAAACACAUUAGGCAUAUGCUUUUUACCCUUCACAACACUAAAUCUUAAAAUAUUUUUUGCUAAUUCACUUAUUUUUAUGUUAAUAUUUUGAUGUUAGCAAAUUAAAUUCCAUUAUCAUUUCAUUUGCAGCCAUCAUCAUUUGAGCAAACUCAAGCUUGGUUGCCCUACCUGAAACACAUUGAACCUGAUGUUUUAUUACUUGUUUGUAAGACAAGCAAACAUUCUGAUGGUAACUUGGUUCACUAAUUUUUAUUCUAAUCAUAAAUUACAACUAUGAAAUUAAAGCAAUAGAUUGCUGCUAUUUUACUUUAACAGUUUAAAACUAUUUUGUAGACCUCAUUUCUUGAAAUACUAUUCUGUAACUCAGUGGCUGUUUUUUUGUUGUUGUAAUUUACAAUUAAUAUCACCUUUGUAAUUGUACAAUAAACAGAAUAUUUUUGUCUACAGCAAUAUGCCGAAGAGUAACUCAAGAAUGGUGUAUACAAAAUGGCUUUGAACUGGUUGAGCUGCAGCCAGAAAUCAAUCCAGAAGAUGAAGGUAUUUGGUUGGUUUUCUUUCCAUUACAAAUUGUUUAAACUAUUAACAUUUGUAUAGUUUGCAAUUUUUUAAAUAAAUUUUUCCAUUAUACUUAAAAGCAGGGUUUCCAACUCUGGGUUGCACAGGUGUCAUUUCAGGGGGUGAGAGCAGUGGGUUGCUAGGGGAAGUGCUGCCUGGGGCAGACGGCCCCCCUCUUCACCACUGGGUGCAACAAUAGUAAUUAAAAGAACUGAGAAGCCAUUGGCUUUUAAUUAAUGAUUGAUAUAUGUUUAUAUAUUUUAUUAAUAUUUUCAGUAACAUUUCAUUUAUUUAAUAAGUUUAUUUUAUCAUUUCUAGAGUCCUCUUUUCAGUUCUUUAAAUGAAUUAUUUAUUUAUUAUUUUCUCAGUUAAAAAUGCAUUAUUACUUUAGGAAGGACUGGGAUACUAGUCAAAUAAUUCAUUGUGGUUGGGGAGUAUAGAAAAGGUUGGAGAACACUGCUUUUUAAAGGAAUGUUAUUUCAUGUUUUGAUGUUUUGUUUUUUAAACAGAAGAUGACUUUCCUGAAACGACUGGGAUGGCCAGAGUAAUUCAAGCACUCCAUGCUCAUACAUGGCCAAACUUAUCUAUGAAAAGUAGGUUAAUGUCUAGAAAAUAGUUUAUACACAUUUUACAGUAAAGGAAUAAUUUAUGAAAUUAUAUUAGUAACUUAUAUAAAAAAAUUAUUUAUUAUGGUUGCUCCAGGGCCCAUAUUGGCAUGCAUAUAGUUUUUGUCAGGUACAGCUGAAAUUAACUGUUUUUCUAUUAGAAACAUACUGUAUAGGCCUAUUUAUUGACCUAAAAACAGUUUAUGAAUUACAUCAUCCAGUGAAUAAACUCCAUUUUAUCCAAAAACAGUUCACACAAGUGGGGCUUGUAGAUUAGAAGUCCAAUGAAUGUAAGAAAUUUUUGUUUAUCAGUUGGAAUGUCCAGUUUUAAAAUCAAGUUGACUUAGUUCCCAUAACAUUGAAGCUGGAAUUGUAGUGUACAUUUAAAAAGCAUCUCUAGCCUUGAUGUAAAUUGAAAAGUGAUAAAGGUGGAUGUUAUCUUGUCUUGUUUUGGAAAGGUUUCAGUCGGUAGCUCAGGUCUUAUGACAGGAAUAGCAUUGCCCUGAUAAUUGGGUUGCCCAGUGUCCUAGUCACCAAGCUGUUUUUAAUCCGGAAUAAAUUAUAGACAGAAAAGUCACUGGCUCUUUUUACCGUAUCCAAUGCAAACAAAGGAAAUUACAAACAACUAUGACUAUGAAAAAAAAAGAUAAUAAAAUAUACACUUGAUGAACUGGAACAAGAAAUUAAUAAGUAAGCUUAAAUACUUAUUUUCAAUAUUUAUAAAGUCCACUGUUAUGGUAUAUCAAGUUAAAUAUAGUUUUUUCCACUAAUUCAUCAAAAUUUGAGUGCACUUUGACCUGCCGUAACAAAGAAAAAAAACUUAACUAAUAGUGAACUUUUUAUUAGUCAAAAAAUGUACAAAAUCAUCAACAGUCCUUUCUUCUUGUUUUUAUCGGCCUUGUAUCACUUUUGGACUUGAAAUAUAAUCAACAAGGUUGGAAGAUAAAUUUUGAGUCUUUUUUUGUGUCAUUUUAAGCUCCCACCCUUUAGUAAAGUUUCACAGGAUUGGCGAUACAGAUGACGAAAAUCAUGUCAUGAACAAAAUGGAAACACGAUGCACAGACUAAAUUUUUUUAAAAUUAAAAAUCUUAAUUUACGAUUAAAAUUGAUAUUUUUAAGAUAUUUAUUUAAAAAGGUGAGAAAAAAAAUCAAGUUAUAAUCCAACAAUCAUGUGAUUGAAAAGUCAAUAUAACAUACUUUUAGAGUUAAGAGGUUAAAAUUAAAUGUUUAUUUGUUUUCCUAAUGGUUUUUCAACAUUUUCUUACUUAAUUAUAAAAAAAUUUCAUUGAACAAAAAAUAAAUUACAUAAAUGUUUUUCAAAGUGUGGUUGUGUUAUAUUUUAAUAAUAAAUAAGGUUCUUAUUUCUUUUCUAUUAAGGUAGCCCAACUAUUCAAAGCCCUUAUUUACGUCAGAUGAUGAAAGAGCAACAUUUGGCCAACCAACAGUUAACUGCAGCCACUUUUGACAGUUCAUGUAUUAACACAACAUGCCAGUUAUCCCCUACAAUUUUAAGCAAAGAGACCCCACAUGAAGACACUAAUUAUUCCGAGACUGGUCAUGCUGUAAAUAAAGUAAAUAAUUCAUUAAAUGGCUGUGAUGUAGAUUUAAAUGAUAGUGGUGCUACUUCAUGUAAACCAGAAGAGGACAUUUUAAAAAUUGAUGAGAUUGACUGGAAAACUCUACUUGGAAAAGAUGCUAAAAUAGAUGAAGGUUCGUUCCCUAAGCAUUAGUAUUAAUGGUAUAUUUUCUUUUUGUAAAGGAUGUUGUACCAAAUAGACUAUUUGAAUCAAGUAGUGUAUUAAGCCCUAAAAUAUAGCUUACAGCUGAAUAUGAAUACAAACUGUAAGUAUUUGGUCUAUAUGCCAACAUAGUGAUGUAUGUUUGCAAACAUAAUUAAAACUACAAUGGUAAAAAAACUGUAGUCAGCACUGGCAAUUUUUUCACUCAAUAUGUUUUUAAUGUAAAUGAAUUAAUGGUUUUCAUCACACUAAUUUCAACUUUAUUAUGGAAAGAAAACUAGGCUAAAAAGGUGUUGUUGGUUUUUUUUUUAAAUUAGCAUAUUUAUAUUUUUAAACAUGUAGUAAUGCAACAAGUUUGCUAUCAAUUUCACCAUGCAAGAAAUUGGGAAACUUAUUACCUUUUAUUCUCUUGUUUUUAAAAAAUUACAUUUACAUAUGUUGCAGAGUUCAUGAAUUAAAAACAAACAUGAUCAUGGUGUCGGUUUUCAUUAUCAGUGCCUGAACAAUAAAUCUCUGUUUCUGUAUUUUCACUUUCAGAUAUGCCAUUAACAGACAAUGAUGUAGGUGUGGAAGAAUUUGAACAAUUAUUUAUGAAAUUAAAAGUCAUGAAAGGUAUGGUUUCUCUUUAACUGUACAAGCAAGAUUGCAUGAAAAUCCAUAUGAUUGAUUACUGUCUACAUCAGCUGUUUUAAAAUUAGGUCAUUGUUUUCUGUGCAAGGGAGACUAUUUUCAAGUUCAUUUAUUUCAAACUAAAAUUAAUAAAAUAAUUACUAUAAAUAAAGCUUACAAUAAAAAAUAUUGAUUCAUACAUGCACCCAUGUUUUAAGACUCUGGUUCCCAACCAAUGGGUUGCAAUGUUUUUGUGUGGGGAUUGCUAGUUGUAAUAGUAAUAUUAAGAAAGAAAUAUAAUUUUUCUAUCUGUCUUUAAUUAAUGUAAAUCGGAAUCAUUUCAUACCUCAUUGAUUUUUUUUAUGGGUUUUGACUGUAUUUAAUUUAUUGUACUUCUUUAAAAUGGCAUCAGGAGUCAAGAAAGAAAAAAAAUUAAUGUUUAACUAAAAAUUUCCUCAUUGCUUGUUUGAAUAAAAUCCAUAGAAUCAUUGAUCAAAAAUUCAAAUUCUUUCAUGGAAAUUAUUUUUUUUUAAUUAAUAAAAUGUAAUGCAAAUUUAAUUUUGUUUGCUUAAUAAGGUAAUCAUUUUUAAUAUUUAAUUAUUUUUUUUUACAGACAGAGCUGAAAACUUACCAGCAGAAGAAAGAAAAAAAUAUGCAGAGAAGGUACCAUGUUCUUUAUAUUUGAAACUAUAAGUUUAGCCCCAUGUUUGGAAUUUUUAAUAUUUACAUUCAUAAAGUAAAUUUUUGUUGAAGUUUUAUAAUGUUUCAAACAACACUUUUAAUUAAACAUUUACUUAUUUAAGGUGGCAAUAUCUUUUUGGAAAGCCAUUGGAGGAGAUGAAGAUGAGAUCGAAGGACUUGGUGAUUCAGAUUAAUGUUUUCGCAAACAAGAAAAAUGACCACAGCACACUCUUAUUAGUCUUAUGUAAAAUGUGGACAAGGAAGACUAAAUUAAACUUCAGUUUCCAAGUCUUUAAAAUGUGUCUGUGCUGUAUAAAAUGUAAAUUAUUCAUAAAAAAAAAAAAAAGAACAGCAGUUUAUUAGUUUGUCACAAUAAUUUAUUUUGAGCUACAUGUAAUUCAUGUUCUAAAUGCAAUAAGUUUACUUUUGUCUAUAAAGUAUCUUUGGUACACCAGAAUGUUCAUUACAUUACCAUUUAACUUGUGAUAUAUUUCAAUGUACAUUCAAAAUUUUACCAUUAAAAUUUUGUUUUUUUAAAGUUGCAUUUGUAGACAUUUUAGUCAAUAUUCCUUGAUCUACAGUUAACGAUUUUUAUAAAGUUUAUAUUUCGCAAUUCUUUUUUUAAAAUGAUUAAUCUGAGCAUGAAAUAUAAGUUAUAAAUAUUCAAAUUAAAAUUUUUAAAAAAAUAUUUUCAGACUGCUAGAGUUCUCUUAGUAGAAAUUACUAAUUUGUAGACCGUAUGUAUAGAUUAAAAAUAUUUUCAUAGUCUUUAAACCAAUUGAGUUUCAGAGACAAACUGAACAGUUACAAAAAAGCUAUAAAAAAAUGGGUUCAAAUGGAUCAUUAUUAUUAUUACAUCAAUUAGAAAAUUAAGAAAGGAUUAAAUAUUAUUUUCACUCAUCCACUGCAAUAUGCAACAUUUCUGAAUCACUGUCUUCUGUGAAAAACAUUUUACUUUCAUUAUCAAUACAGCUUGCCUCUUUUAAAGUUAUUUUAU